AUUUUUAAAUGUACCCCGUAUGAUCGCGUGAUGUUAAUGUCUCUAGGUUCACAUUGCCGUAAAAGGGUGUUCUCUAGCUAGCUAAGCGACACCAACAAGAGCUGUCAACGUUCAAAAUCAAGUGUCAAGACUUCCAUGUCUGAACAGAAGUCCACAGAGUCCCCAGGUUCUGGCUGUGGUGUUCCAGCCCAGAGAAGCUCACAGUGGGGUCCAGAGAUGAUGUCAGUGAAGCUGGAGGGCUGCAGUCAAACACUGGAACUUAAUGUGAUUGUCAAAGAGGAAUGGGAGGAGAGAGAAAUCAAGGAGGAGAUAGAAGUAAAAGAGGUGGAUCAGAGAGCAGUCAACGAGGAAGUAGAGAUGGCAGUCAAAGAAGAGCAGGAGGAGAGAACAGUCAAAGGGGAAGUGGAGAAGAGAGAAGUCAAAGAAGAGGUGGGGGAGAGAGCAGUCAAAGAGGAAGUAGAGAUGGCAGUCAAAGAAGAAGAGGAGGAGAUAGAAUUCAAAGAAGAGGAGGAGAACAGUGAAGUGGCUGCUCCAGAUCUAAGGGAAGAGGAGGCAGCAGUAGAUAGUAUCAGUGACCCAGGAGAGAGCUACAACCCAGGUUCAGACAGUGAGCCCAGUUCCACAGCAUCAGGAAAACAUAAACAACACAGACAGAGGAACUCAAGACAGAAACAUCACCACUGCAUGGACUGCUUCACUAGUUUCUAUGAGCCAGAGGAGUUGAGAAGACACACUUGUAGACCCCACCCCUGUUCAGAUUGCAGAGGCAGUUUUAUUUGUCCAAUUCACCUCAUUCCACACCAACAGACUCUCAAAAGAAAGAAAAUGAACCCGAGUGGUCAAUGUGGGAAGAGAUUUCAGACACCUUGGAGCUUGAAGACGUACCAGCUUACUCACACAGGAAAGAAGUCGUACCACUGCUCCCAGUGUGGGAAGACCUUUGGUUCGUCAUUCAAUUUGAAGCGACACCAGAAAAUACACACAGGGGAGAAGCCUUUCCACUGCUCCCAUUGUGGGAAGAGCUUCAGUGAUGAAGAAAGUCGAAAUAAACACCAAAGAAUACACACAAGAGAUAAGACUUUCCACUGCUCUGAGUGUGGAAAGAGCUUCAGUAAGGGAGGAAAUCUAAAGGAACAUCAGAAAAUACACACAGGGGAGAAGCCAUAUAGCUGUGAUCAGUGUGGGAAGAGUUUCAGUCAAACAGGAGUCCUAAAGAGACACCACCUAACUCACACAGGUGAAAAACCUUUCAACUGCUCCCAGUGUGGGGAGGGUUUCAGUCAGUCAUCACUUCUGAAGGGACACCAGCUAACGCACACAGGAAAGAAGCCUCACCACUGCUCUCAUUGUGGAAAGAGUUUUAAAUUGGAAGGAAGCCUUCAGAGUCAUCAGAGAAUACACAGUGGAGAGAAGCCCCACCACUGCUCCCAAUGUGGGAAGAGCUUCAGUUGGGUAAGAGACCUAAAGAAACAUCAGAGAGUACACAAAGAGGAGAAGCCUUUCCACUGCUCCCAAUGUGGGAAGCGCUUCAAUGAGAAAGGAAAUCUAAAGCAACACCAGAGAAGACACUCAGGAGAGAAACCGUACAGCUGUGAUCAGUGUGGGAAUUGUUUUAAAUGGAAACAAAGCCUGAAGGAACAUCAGAAGGCAAAGCACAGUGCAGUGCCUGACAAUGGCCUUAUAAUUGUGUUGCCAAGCUGGGCAUCUACAUAUAUAAUUAAUAUUGACACUAACCAGAUUUCCAUCGAACCUUUUUAGGCAAGUAAGUAAAAAAAAUGUUAGAUUUUUAUCAAAACUUAAAUGGAAAAGUUGCUUUUAUGUACUCUCUGUCAUCAUGCACUGUUUUUAAUCUGUCUGUUUGGUGGAAACACCACUGGUGGGAAACAUUUUAUUGAUGUGGGUUUUAGAAUAUUCACAUGAAAAUCUGUCUUCAAUUGGAUGGAAAUCUAGCUCGUGUUGCACAUUUGUUAGGCUAAAUAGAUGUAACAAUAUGAUGAAUUAUGGAAAAGAGAGAGACUUCUGACAACUAAGUCACAACAGGUGGAGUCCAUGUCCGAGUCGAGUCACGAGUCAUGAAAAUCAUGAGUCCUGGUCUCGAGUACUACAACACUGACAGCUACUCUCCUUUUGGGAACGUUUUAUUUGUGCAAAUUGAUUCCAUUACCUUACUUUUCUUGCUUGUUAGUGCUAAGUUUUGGCAUCAUUCAGGAUACCUGGUUGUAUUGCCACCACCUAACUAACCUGAUUGAAGAGAGGUCAGUGAAGUUGAUGAAUGCAGUGGGUGUAGUAGCUCCAUUCAACUACAAGAUGAAACUAUCGACCCUUAAUAAAAACAGCUCGAGUAAAAAGUUGCUUUCUUCCGUCCAGUGGAACCGCGAUGAACUGCUAAAACGGUCAAACCACUUCACAUAUUAUUUGAGCAACACAUCACCAUUGCUUCCAAACAAAACGGUAUGAAGAUAUAAGAUAAAUACGAUUCAUAAAGAAGAAUUAUGUGAAUUUGCUCAAUGCGUGCAUGUAGUCCCGCACUAAGAGCCAUGUACAGUCUACAGAGUUGUUCUGUGGGUGUCACUGAGUAGGCUGAUACCCCAUUUCAUGGGUGCACACUCCAUAGGUAAGGCUGUACAGUGCAAUACAAAUGUUCAAUACACAUUAUAGGCUGAAUAGUGAGGUGAAUUCCCAGUCAAAGUCCCGCAAUAAGAGCUAUGACGCGAAUAUUUGUGUACACUCUUUAGAAUUGUAAUCUGUGGGUGUCACUGAGUAGGCUGAUAACCCGUUUCAUUGAUCCACAAUCCAUAGGUAAGGCUGUACAGUGCAGUAUGCCCCCUUGAAAUGUAAUACAUCCGCAGAUUUUUUUAUAAAUGUUUAAUUAAAUUAACUAAUAGCGGUUCCAAGCAUAGAGAUCCUAUUAAAUGAAUUGAGGGGCUAAGUCAUAAACCCUACAAAAUUCCAGAAUGGUCCGAAAAUGGCAGCCUUUUGGUUCAGGGAGAAUCCAACCCAGUCUAAUUAGGGCUCCCGAGUGGCGCAGUGGUCUAAGGCACUGCAUCUCAUUGCUAGAGGCCUCACUACAGACCUUGGUUUGAUUCCAUGCUGUAUCACAACCGGCCGUGAUUGGGAGUCCCAUAGGGCGGCGCACAAUUGGCCCAGCAUCGUCCAGGUUAAGGUUUGGCCAUCGUAAAUAAUAAAUUGUUCUUAACUGACUUGCACAGUCAAAUAAAGGUUAAAUAAAAAUUGAAUUAUUGGUAUGAAUGGCAGUAGAGGCAUAGGUGAUGCAUUUCCUGCUUUUACUUAUACAGGAAAAUACAAUUAAGGCAUGUGAUAUCAGAAAUUGUGUAAUAGAAUUGUCAACCUAAAAUAUUUUCAUAGAAUUAUAUAAACAGUACAUAUGGGUUUUAUAAAAAAAAAUAUAGCCUCUAAAAUAAAUGUAAACAGACCAUAAAUGUCUCAAUUUGUGUCCUAUCAUCAACACAUUUCAGUCAGUGUAUGGCUGUGGAUUGACUGUAUUGUUUGAAUGGAAUGUUGGCAUAUUGGUAGUUAUUUAGAAACAUUUAUGGAAUCCUUCCUCUGAAAGUGUCUGGCUAGCUAGCUAACAAACAGUGCAGAUGAUCGUCAAAUUCAUUGUUUUACACUAUAUCUUAUCACAGCACUGGCAAACCAUGGUUGACCAAAAUGGGCUGACCAUUUAUACCAUCAUAAGAAGGUUAAUUAACUUCUAGUAUUCCAAUUCCUAAUUCUAUGGUUCCAAGCCCUUUCUAUGGAUUCUAUUUCUAUGGUAUUAUUCCUCAGGUUCUCUACCUUCCAGGUGGUGUGAUAGGUUGGUUUAUCAUUGUGUGGGGCUGCUUUGGCAUGAAUCUGAAUGGGAACUGUCUGUCUGACAUUGACCUUAUCAUAUCAUCUCGCCAUCACGGUUGACAA